AUGCGUCAACUCCCCAUAUUCACUCGAUUACAACUACUGCAGUAUAAUGGAAUAAUACGGCCUGAAUGUUACGUUGCAAUCAAAGGCUUCAUUUACGAUGUCAGCAAUAAUACCAAGAGUUACGGUCCUGGUAAAGCCUAUCACAAAUUGGUGGGCAAAGACGUAUCAAGACUACUAGCACUAAAUAAACUAAACUUGAGCAAACAAUCGGGAUCUCCCAACGGAGGCGAAUGGUGGGUCAAUCCUUUCCAUAAAGAAAAUACCUGGUACAUCGACGAUUUAAAUGAAAAACAACAUGGGUUGGUAGAGAAAUGGAUUGGGUUUUUCAAAAAAAGAUAUAAAAUAGUCGGAAUCAUUGUGGAUCAUGAAUUCCUGCUUUCAAUGAAUUAA